GGGCGAACUGCGCCCGCCGCGCUCCCCGGACUCCCGAGCUCAGGACGCCGGCUGGCUGCGCUCCCCGCCGCCGCCGCCGCCUCCUCCCGAACGGGCUCGGCCCGGCGGCCGGGGCGAUGUGAGCCGGGGCCCGCGGGCGCGGCCAGACCGCUGAGAUGUGGCUCAAGCCCGAGGAGGUGCUGCUGAAGAACGCCCUGAAGCUCUGGGUGACUCAGAAGAGCAGCUGCUACUUCAUCCUGCAGCGGCGCCGCGGGCACGGCGAGGGGGGCGGCCGGCUCACGGGUCGCCUAGUGGGUGCCUUGGAUGCGGUGCUGGAUUCCAACGCCCGGGUGGCCCCGUUUCGAAUUCUGCUGCAGGUCCCCGGCUCCCAGGUGUAUUCUCCCAUAGCAUGUGGUGCCACGUUAGAAGAAAUAAACCAGCACUGGGACUGGCUGGAGCAGAAUCUCCUCCACACCUUGUCCGUCUUUGAUAAUAAAGACGACAUCGCCAGUUUUGUCAAAGGGAAGGUGAAGGCUCUGAUUGCUGAGGAGACGAGCAGCAGGCUAGCCGAGCAGGAGGAGGAGCCUGAGAAGUUCCGUGAGGCCUUGGUGAAGUUCGAGGCCAGGUUCAACUUCCCGGAGGCCGAGAAGCUGGUCACCUAUUACUCGUGCUGCUGCUGGAAGGGCAGAGUGCCCCGCCAAGGCUGGCUCUACCUCAGCAUCAACCACCUCUGCUUCUAUUCCUUCUUCCUGGGCAAGGAGCUUAAACUUGUAAUCCCUUGGGUUGACAUCCAGAAGUUGGAGAGGACAUCCAAUGUCUUUCUGACGGAUACCAUCCGCGUCACCAUGCAGAAUAAGGAGCGGGACUUCUCCAUGUUUCUGAACCUGGACGAGGUGUUCAAGAUCAUGGAGCAGCUGGCCGACGUGACCCUCCGAAGGCUGCUGGACAAUGAGGGCUUUGACCUGGACCCGGGUCUGCAGGAGCCCAGUCAGAUCACCAAGAGGGACCUGGAAGCCAGGGCACAGAAUGAGUUCUUUCGGGCCUUCUUCAGGCUGCCCAGGCGGGAGAAGCUGCACGCUGUCCUGGACUGUUCCCUCUGGACGCCGUUCAGCCGCUGUCACACCGCCGGGCAGAUGUUCACCUCUGACAGUUACAUCUGCUUUGCCAGCAAGGAACCCGGCUGCUGCAAAGUUAUCCUCCCACUCCGAGAGGUCGUGAGCAUCGAGAAGGUGGAGGACACGAGCCUGCUGCCGAACCCCGUCAUCGUGAGCAUCAGGAGCAAGGUGGCCUUCCAGUUCAUCGAGCUCAGGGGUCGUGACAGCCUGCUGGAGAGUCUGCUGGCGAGGCUGAAGCAGGUGCACGCCGGCCACCCCGUGCGCUAUGACACCACACGGGAUGAGGACCUGACUUCACCUGUGUUUCAUUCAACAAGCAUGUGUGGUGACCACAGGUUUGGGGGUCAUGAGAUGGUGUCUCCUCAAAAUAGCGAGGAAAGGGAGAAAGAGAGGAGCCCGCGGCUGCACCCCGAGGCCCUGGUCGCAGGUUUCCGGCAGUCGGGCAGCCAGAGCCCCGACUCGAGAUUGUCCAGAGAACAGAUCAAGAUAAGCCUGUGGAACGACCACUUCGUGGAGUACGGCCGGACUGUGUGCAUGUUCCGCACGGAGAAGAUCCGGAAGCUCGUGGCCAUGGGGAUCCCCGAGUCCUUACGUGGCAGACUCUGGCUUCUUUUCUCCGAUGCUGUCACCGACCUCGCUGCGCAUCCCGGUUACUAUGGCAACCUGGUGGAGGAGUCCAUGGGAAAGUGUUGCCUGGUGACAGAGGAGAUAGAACGGGACCUGCACCGCUCCUUACCAGAGCAUCCUGCCUUCCAAAAUGAAACGGGAAUCGCUGCUUUGAGGAGAGUCCUGACGGCCUAUGCCCACCGGAACCCGAAAAUCGGGUACUGCCAGUCCAUGAACAUCCUGACCUCCGUUCUGCUGCUGUACGCCAAGGAGGAGGAAGCCUUCUGGUUGCUGGUUGCUGUGUGUGAGCGGAUGCUGCCCGAUUAUUUCAAUCACCGAGUCAUCGGGGCCCAGGUGGACCAGUCGGUCUUCGAGGAGCUCAUCAAGGAGCAGCUCCCCGAGCUGGCGGAGCACAUGCACGACCUGUCGGCCCUGGCGUCCGUCUCCCUCUCCUGGUUCCUGACGCUCUUCCUCAGCAUCAUGCCGCUGGAGAGCGCGGUGAACGUGGUCGACUGCUUCUUCUACGAUGGCAUCAAGGCCAUCUUCCAGCUGGGGCUGGCCGUGCUGGAAGCCAAUGCCGAGGACCUGUGCGGCAGCAAGGACGACGGCCAGGCCUUGAUGGUCCUCAGCAGGUUUCUGGAUCACAUCAAGAACGAGGACAGCCCUGGACCCUCAGUUGGGAGCCACCAUGCCUUUUUCUCAGACGACCAGGAGCCGUGUCCUGUGACCGACAUUGCCGACCUGAUCCGGGACUCCUACGAGAAAUUUGGAGACCAGUCUGUGGCUCAGAUUGAGCACAUGCGCUGCAGGCACAGGAUCAGGGUCCUGCAGGGCCACGAAGACACUACGAAGCAGAACGUGCUCCGAGUCGUUAUCCCGGAAGUCUCAGUCCUUCCAGAAGACCUCGAGGAGCUCUACGAUUUAUUCAAGAGAGAACACAUGAUGAGCUGCUACUGGGAGCAGCCCAGGCCCAUGGCCCCGCGCCACGACCCCAGCAGGCCCUACGCGGAGCAGUACCGCAUAGACGCCCGGCAGUUUGCGCGCCUGUUUCAGCUCGUCUCGCCGUGGACCUGCGGGGCCCACACGGAAAUCCUCGCUGAAAGGACUUUCAGGCUCUUGGACGAAAACAUGGACCAUCUUAUCGAAUUCAAAGCAUUUGUGAGCUGUCUCGAUAUUAUGUAUAAUGGAGAAAUGAAUGAGAAAAUUAAACUGUUAUAUAGGCUUCAUAUCCCUCCAGCACUCACUGAAAAUGACCGAGACAGCCAGUCACCACUGAAGAAUCCUCUGUUGUCGACGUCAAGACCCUUGGUUUUUGGCAAGUCCAAUGGUGAUACAAUUGAUUAUCAGAAACAGCUGAAGCAGAUGAUUAAAGAUUUAGCCAAAGAGAAAGACAAAACUGAGAAAGAGUUGCCCAAAAUGAGCCAGAGAGAAUUUAUCCAGUUCUGUAAAACUUUGUAUAGUAUGUUCCAUAAAGAUCCAGAGGAGAAUGAUUUGUACCAAGCCAUCGCCACAGUAACCACUUUGCUGCUGCAGAUCGGGGAAGUGGGCCAGCAGGGCAGCAGCUCUGGAAGCUGCUCCCAGGAAGGUGGGGAGGAGCUGCAGGCUUCAGCUCCUUCUCCGGAGCAGGACUCGGUUUUUGCCGACACCGACACUGGGAAGAGUCCCCGGGAGUCCCAGGCAUUUCCUGAAGAGGCAAAAGGGGACUGGACUGUCUCCCUUGAACAUAUUUUAGCUUCACUUCUGACUGAACAGUCAUUAGUCAACUUUUUUGAAAAGCCACUGGACAUUAAAUCCAAACUUGAAAAUGCCAAGAUCAAUCAGUACAGCCUCAAAACUUGUGAAAUGAGCCGCCAAUCACAGCCUGAACUCAAGCUGAGUAGCCCAUAGAAGGACAGCGGCUGCCUUAGACCAGUCUCCAUACCAAAGCACAGACCAGGUUUGUGGGUGGUCAGCCCACAAAUCCAGGUUUGUCUAGCUCAUUGUGAGUACACUUUACAAGCUGGGCAUCUGGAUAAGCAACCUGACAGCCACAGCUGUGGCUGAGGGAACUGAUGCAACCCUCUGGGAUUUUCUAUUUAUUCUUUGAGAGAAUUCAGUUGGACACUGUCAGUGCUAGAGGGUGUCUCACAUCAGUUCCCUUGAUGCUAUGACUUCACUGUUACCAGAUUUGCUGAAAUGGGCACUUCUGCUGUGAUGCUAGUAUUUUAUUCUCAGAUGGAAUAUAAGAGUCAAAUGUAUGAUACUAACCCAGAGAUGAGACAAGCCUAAGCACUCAUUCUUCACUUGAAUGGGAGGGAGGAUCAAGUUCACUUUCAAGAUUUAAGAGCCACUAUCUGUGCAAUUGUAUUUGGCUUUUUUUGCACUAAUUUUGUUUCAAUGCUGGUAAUUGAAACCAUUUUAAUGUAUUUGGUUGUAUUCACUUUGUGUCCUUCCAAAAAAAUGUGUACAAACCAUG